AUGGCUUCAGUUUCAGCACAGUUGUUCUUGGUCCUCAUUUCACUGCUUUUGGUGCUGCCUGUUGAAGCAGCAAAAGCUGGAGAUGCAAUCGCUCUCUUGUUAGAUGUGGCACUCAGCAUUACAGGCAUUUCUGCUUGUUUGGGGGUAUAUGCAGGAAAGAGAAAUGAACAAAUGUGA